AUGGCGAUUCAACAAAGGGAAUACGAGGACCCAGAGGACUCGGAGGACGCAGGCUUGAUCCAGCCGGCCUCACCGGCGCCCCCCAGGCCCGGGUUCCUUCGGAGACUAGGUCCUACGUUUGUGCUCUUGGUGUCGAACCUCAUCUCGCUGUCUGCGCUGCUGCUUCUCAUCAUCCGUCACGACGAGGAUUCGUGUGUCUCGCAUAAACAUCAAUUCUGGACUGCGCCGGAGAUCCCCGUCACCAAGGUCCUCGAGGCAGAGGACAUAUACACGCGCCCGCCGGACGAGGAUGAACUAAAGGCUUGGAGCCAUCUCAUGCCAGUGGGUCGCGGGCUUGUCAUGGUCGACGGUACUGGUCUCCCAGCGCAGCCGGGACUGGAUCCGUCACUCCCUCGGGGAGCGUCGGGGUGGACAGGCAUAGCGCACCAGUUGCACUGUCUCUACUCCACCAAACACGCGUUUUACGACCUUUAUUAUAACCGAACUGGCGACAAGAAAACCCCGCUCUUCGGCGUCUCCUGGCAGCUCGAGCAUCUCAACCACUGCUGGGACUACGUGCGGCAGACGAUCAUGUGCAACCCCGACCUGACGAUCGAGUGGCGCGGAGCAGAAGAGGGAACGGGGUGGGGAUACGAACGGCAGUGCAAGAAGUGGGAGCCUAUCUACGAUUGGCUGGAGAAACACCGCAUCACCAAUGAUCGCGGGAUUCUCGCGACUGGUUAUGAGCGUAAACCCUUGGACGUUAGCGAGAUUCCAGGUGUUUGGACUAGUAAAGAUGUAGAAGAUAUUGACCCAUAG